AUGCCGCCCACUCGUUGGAGGAGAAACACCCGGAUCUCCACGUCAUGUCUAGCGAGAAGGUCUUGCAAUGCAUCGCCUCCCUUGUGCUGCAAAAAGUGUCGCAAUACGGCUGGUUUGACGCGGUCGACUGGUCGGUGGUGUUGGCAGCCUUUGUGGCCGAGAACACACAACUGGGCAGAGAGGAGGAGCUGCUUCCAGUGGCGCUCGAGGUGGUUGAAAGAUGGUGCAGAAAAAGAUACAAGGAGUCGCUGGCAGCAAAGCAAUCUGUCCCUCCAGGUCAGACAUCAGAAACGUGUGCUGCCGGCAAGGAGAUCCUUCCUAAGUUUCUAG